CCAUCUAUCUUCGAAAUCCACACCUCCGGUUUUGAUUGAAUGCUCUUGGAGUCGAGAUCUUUCCGAAUUUUAUCAAAAGCUACGAUCUGGGUAUUUUUCAGUAGCGUUUGCUGAAAUAGGCAUCGCAAAUCCAGGCUUAAGCAGCUUAACUGCUUCGGAUAUUGUCCUUUUGACUUCUUUCGUUCCUUUGAGUGUCGGUUCCUUUUUGGUAGAUUCUUCUCAGGUUCAAAUUAUAUAUGAUUUUUUGUCUUGUUCUAUUCAUUGCAUUCAUUGAUAAGUGCUGAUGGGUAAGAAGAUGAAGAAAAAGGUUCCAAAUCCUCGCAAAGCCCAACUUCGGGCUUCUAUGGGAUCCCCAAAAUCUGUGCUUGAGGGGUCUCCUGGUGAUGAUGGGAAUAGAGAUAAGAAGGCUUGCAGUCAUUGCACUCAAAGCACUACUGAGCUGAAUCAGAUUCUAGUUAAAAUCCGAUCCUCUUCAAUGGAUGUUGUUACCUGUGAGCAUUGCAGGGAAGAGCCACUUAACAGGCGAGGGGGGAAGGAAAAAGGGAAGCAGACCAAGAAAAAAGGUGCAGGAACAAGAGCUGCUGAGGCAAAAUCAGAGCAAAAUUUCAUGUGGGUGUGCUUGGAUUGUGGCCGGUAUUUCUGCGGAGGUGGAGUGAGUAUUUUGGAGCCUUAUGGUCACGCUCGGAGACACGCGAAGCAGGACCAUCACCAGUUGACAGUUCGGGCCGACGAUCCACUUAUCAGUUGGUGCUAUUGUUGUUCUUCUUCUGUGCCUAUUGAGAUGCCAGAGGAGGUAAUAAAAGAAGGGAAUGAAACAGCCACGAAUGAUAGGAGUAGGAGUUUGAGAGGUGUUGCAUUUGAGCCUUUGGAUUUAGAUAAAUUGAAGGGGUACAAAGUUAGAGGGCUUUCAAAUCUGGGGAACACUUGCUUCUUUAACUCUGUCAUGCAGAAUCUCUUUGCUGUAGAUCUUUUGCGAGAUGCUUUGUUGGGUUUGGAUAGGCCUUUUGGUCCUCUUUCUGUGGCACUUAAGACACUUUUCACAGAAACAAGCAAAGCAGAUUCUAAGGGUGUUAUAAACCCUAAAGCUCUUUUUGGGUGUAUAUGUGCCAAAGCACCACAGUUCAGGGGGUACCAGCAACAAGACGGCCAUGAAUUGCUCCGCUACCUGCUUGAUGGAUUGCAUGUUGAGGAAACAAAUGCAAGGAAGAAAUCAGAGUUUGUUGACAAUGAAGAGCAGUUAAACACUGAAGCAACAGCUACUUUAGUUGAUUCCAUCUUUAAUGGUCAGCUAUCGAGCACCAUCUCUUGCAUGGAAUGUCGGCAUACUUCAGUUGUGAAUGAGCCUUUCCUGGAUCUCUCGCUGCCGGUGCCUUCAAAGAAGCAUCCAUCAAAAAAGGUUCCACCACAUCCUUCAAAGAGGCCUAACCAAAGGGAUAAAAACAAAUCACGACAGGUUCGAGAAAGAGGUUUUGCUCAGAUGUCUUCCAUGUGUGUGAUUCAGAAUGGAGAAAGCAAUGAACAACACUCAGAAAGCUGUGAAUCCGGAAUAGCUGUACCACUACCAACACAUGAUAAUACUUUGGAAGCACAAGACUUUACAUGGAUGGAUUAUCUUGGAGCUGAGUCACCAAAUUGCAAUGACUUUGGUGCUAAUGAGUUGGAAGCUUCUAUUGUGCAUAGUUCUUACAGCAAGCAGGAAAAUGAGGUCACGAGCAAUGAACAAUCUGUUUCUGGAUUGCAUAAUGGGACUGAGAGCAUUUUGAAUUCUGUUUCUGAUUUGCAUGCGGCCAGUUGUUCUAAUGAUUUAACAGUGUCUUCAGAUACUUUUGUUGAGAGAUCUUGUAAAAAUGAAGUCCCCCAAUAUUGUGCUCCAGUUGCUGAUAUCAUAUUGCUUCCCUAUAAGCAGCAGGACCAGGAUUUGGCUGACCUGGAUAUGAAUGACACAACCUCAUUUUCUCCGGAUCCAGAAAAUACGAAUCCUAGAAAUGUUUCUGCUAGUGAGUAUUGUGCUGCUAACCCUGGUUGCAAACAAGCAGUGGAAGACUUUGAUGGUUUUGGUGAUCUAUUUAAUGAGCCUGAGGCUACUUCUCAUUUAAAUGCAGAAACCAAUAAUGAAGAAGAUAUGGACAUAACUUUGUGGAAUGGUAACAUCAGUGAAUCAAAUCUGGAAGAAGUUGAUGAUACGGAUGUUCCAGUAUCAAUUAAUAGCUGCCUUGCUUUAUUUACUAAGCCAGAGCUUCUUUCUGAUGAACAAGCAUGGUAUUGUGAGCAUUGUUCUGAGAUUUUGCAAGAAAAUAGGGAACUUGGAACAAGCAAACUGCAUGCAGUUGAAGUUUUGGAUCUGUCUAUGACGUUGAAUUCAAUGGUGGCUGAAGAUGAAUUCAUAUGUAACAAGGUUGCGGCCAGCUCCCAUGGGUGUUCUGACAAUGUCAAAGUUUUAGAUAAUGGAAAGUUCGUAUCUUUAAUGAAGAAUGUAGACAUUCUGGUGGAAGAACGUUUUGAUCAAUGUGCGGAAAUGAAUAGUUCCCAGAAAGAAAUUAGUCAAGAAGGAUCACAUACUAGUGGAGAGAUCAGCUGUAAUAAAACCUUAUAUUCAACGGAGACAGAUACCGCUUCUUGCUCCAAUAUGGCUUGUUGCCCUGCUGUUCUUGACAAAGACACCUCGGAGUCAGAGCCAUCUCAAUAUUUUUCAAGUCCUUCAAUUUGUGUCAACAGUCAUGCACAAGAUUGUUCAAGCAAUCAAGAGAGUAUUUUCGAGGGCAUAAAUGAUCGAAGUAGUGUCGAAAAUGAUGGGAAAAAACCAAAAGUUGCCUCUCAUGGUUUGCAGUCUCACACAAAAAUAUUGCUUCACAAAUCUAGCGUUGACAGACCACAAGAAGUUAGCCGGCAGAGGAAGAAAGGUUUGAAGUCCGGUAAAGUUCUUCCAGCUAAGGACAAUAAGGGUGAAGGAAUCAAGAUAGUCAAGAGGGAUGCAACAAAAAGGAUCUUAAUUGACAGAGUCCCACCUAUACUAACGAUCCAUUUGAAGAGAUUUAGUCAGGAUGCUCGUGGCCGCUUAACUAAAUUGACUGGUCAUGUUAAGUUCCAAGAGACAUUUGAUAUGAGGCCAUAUAUGGAUCCAAGGUGCAUCAAGGAUCAAUCCUUCUACCGUCUCAUUGGGGUGGUGGAGCAUUCAGGGAGCAUGAGUGGAGGCCACUAUGUAGCUUAUGUGAGGGGCAAUGGAAGAGGAAGCAGAACCUCAACUGGCACUGGCAGUGCAGGGAAAGCCUGGUUUUAUGCCAGUGAUGCUUGUGUGAGGGAGGUUUCCUUGGCUGAAGUGCUUCAGUCUGAGGCAUACAUUCUGUUUUAUGAGAAAAUGUGAUCUGAACUCAAGUUCAGUUCAGCUUUUUCAAUGACAAAUUUCUCCUGAUAAUGGCAGAAAAGGAUGGGAGAUGUGCAGAUUGAUGGAAAUAACCUUAAACUGGUUAGCCAUUUUUUGAAAUUAUUACGAGCAGGGGUUUUGUUCCAACCGUUGGGGAGUUGGGUGAAGCCUGUAAAGGGCCAAUUUUUAUUUUUAUUUUUUUUUGUUUCUUGUAAUUUUUGUAACACUUGCCUGAGGAGAAAAGAGUUCAUCAUUUUGAAAUGGGCAUAAGAUUUUGAGUGUUUUUUUUUUUGGAUGAAAA